GAGACUGGCAAAAAUGUGCCGACUAAACGCGCUGGGGAUCUAUUUGUGGGAAACGGUAGUGUUUAUCAGCUUGGCAGCGUCGAAAGAAGCUGCGGCGAGGAAAGCUGCCUCCCCGAUGCCGCCCUCCGAGUUCCUGGACAAACUCAUGGGCAAAGUUUCGGGUUACGACGCCAGAAUUCGACCGAAUUUCAAAGUGUACAACAAAGACCCCAAAGGCUCCAAAAAUGAAGCUACUCACAAGAAAGGUCCGCCUGUAAACGUAACCUGCAACAUUUUUAUCAACAGUUUUGGGUCCAUCGCUGAAACAACAAUGGACUACAGAGUCAACAUCUUCUUGAGACAGCAGUGGAACGACCCUCGGCUGGCCUACAGCGAGUACCCCGACGACUCGCUGGACCUCGACCCCUCUAUGUUGGACUCCAUCUGGAAACCUGACUUGUUCUUUGCCAACGAGAAAGGGGCCAACUUCCACGAGGUCACCACCGACAACAAGCUGCUGCGCAUUUCGAAAAACGGCAACGUGCUGUACAGCAUACGAAUAACACUGGUCCUGGCCUGUCCCAUGGACCUGAAGAACUUCCCGAUGGAUGUCCAGACCUGCAUCAUGCAGCUGGAGAGCUUCGGCUACACCAUGAACGACCUCAUAUUCGAGUGGGAUGAGAAGGGAGCCGUGCAGGUGGCCGACGGCCUGACGCUACCUCAGUUCAUACUAAAAGAGGAGAAGGACCUGCGCUACUGCACCAAACACUACAACACAGGUAAAUUCACCUGUAUCGAGGCUCGUUUCCACCUGGAGCGUCAGAUGGGCUACUACCUGAUCCAGAUGUACAUCCCCUCGCUGCUCAUCGUCAUUCUGUCCUGGGUUUCCUUCUGGAUCAACAUGGACGCCGCGCCCGCCCGAGUGGGUCUGGGCAUCACCACUGUGCUGACCAUGACCACACAGAGCUCCGGGUCCAGAGCCUCCCUGCCGAAGGUGUCCUACGUAAAAGCCAUCGAUAUCUGGAUGGCCGUGUGUCUGCUGUUUGUGUUCUCGGCCCUGCUGGAGUACGCCGCCGUCAACUUCAUCGCCCGCCAACACAAGGAGCUGCUGCGCUUCAGACGGAGGCGACGACACAUGAAGCCUGAGUCUUGGCCUGUGUUGCAGGAGGAUGAGACAGGCGAGGGGCGCUUCAGCUUCCCCGGCUACGGCAUGGGCCCCGCCUGCCUGCAGGCCAAAGACGGCAUGGCCAUCAAGGGCAACAACAACAACGCCCCGGCCUCGGCCGCGCCCGAGAAGAGCAUCGAGGAGAUGAAGAAGCUGUUCAUCGGCCGGGCCAAGCGCAUCGACACGGUGUCCCGCGUGGCCUUCCCGCUCGUCUUCCUCAUUUUUAACAUUUUCUACUGGAUCACUUACAAGAUCAUCCGCAGCGAGGACAUCCACAAGCAGUAGUCGAGAGGCAGAGGAGGAGGAGGAGGAAGAGGAGGGCGAGAACAGUGGGAAGAGGAGGAUGCAGAGAAACAAAACAGAGAGAAGGAAACGGAGAGAUGACUUCAAUAGGAGAUAUCAUUGCCAGUUUUUUCACGCCAACCACGCCUCCUUUCCUCGUCCUCAUUCUUCAUCCUCUUCCUCUUUCGGUCGAGGAUGAGUUGCUUUUUGUGGCAGUCGUUCCCCGUCUCAACUCCACCUCACACCUACUCGAACAUUAUUUGAGAUAUUUAUUGCUUUCUUUUCCCUUUCUUCUCCUCUCCCGCCCCUCAAAACCCCGACCCCAACCCGUCUCUUUACACCUCCUGAAUAAUCCGGACCAGUGCAAUAGCAAUGCAGUAAAAUGCAUGAUAUAUGAAUGUGGCAAUAUAUUAAUGAAAAGAUGAAAAAUGAAAAAGUAUACACAGACUUUCGCCGGCACACCCAAGGAACUGUGUGGGAGUGGACGGACUGGAAAGAAAGAAGACGUCGAGGGAGUCUUGUAUUUGAUUUUCGGUUCUUUUUUUUUUGUGUGUGAAGACAGAAAUAUAAUUCUAUAUGAAAAAGUGAUGUCGGGACGGGGUGGGGGAUGUGUGAGGAGCAUACAGCAGUGUAAUAUACUCAUAUAUCUAUCAUAAACGGGGGAUAAAAAAGAACUUUGUUUCCAAAGGUGGGCAUCUGGAGAUGAGGUGAAAUAAAUAAAGGAAGGAUGGCGGAUCGGUGCUUCCAUUGAAUAAAGCGAUGCAAGGAUCAUGCAUUCUAUAUAUCUAGAUUUGCUUCAAACGUGUAUUGCGAGCACUCCUCAAGCGCUUUUCUCCUCCCCACCCUGCCGCCAAACACCACGAAACCUUGAACUGCAGAGACACGUGAGGUUUGCUGCUGCCGCUGUCAAUCACACGACUGGACAAAAAAAUCUAAAAAAUCUAAAAAAAAUAAAGAAACACUGGACGAGCAGUGCUGAAGAUCAUGAGACAAAAUGUCUCAUUUAUCUGUGGUCGACGUGUUCCUCUACCUGUCGUUGAUUUCUUUCAUAUUGCAUCUGUUGUUGUUUUUUUAUUGGUUUUAUUCACGUGCCAAGUAAACAUGUCGCUCUGCAGCUCCGAGGAAGGGAAGCGGCUCCACGUCAGUCGUCGUAUCGAUCUGACGGGUUCUUCUGGGUUUUUUUUAAAUCCCUGAGAUAUUCGUUUGUUUUCAUCGACUGGAAAAAGAGCAAAUCGAUUCAGGACGAGUAAAAAAUAAAUAAAAUAAAUGUAGAUCCUCGUUUUUGCUUUUCCUCGUUGUUCGUCGGGACUGAACCGCAGAUAUGUUUACAUCUGAUUAGUGCUUCCAUGCUUUUGACCCCGCCUUAAUGUAACACCCCCACCUGUCCCGUCCCCCCAGCUGAGAGGACGUAUGUAGUCAAUUAUACAGAUUAUAGCACCUGUUACACCUUAAUUAACUGUUUCCAUCUCAUUCACAUGCACCAGCUGUAGCUGCAAACGUCGCCAUGCACACGGAGCGUAACAGAAGGAUUUAUUUUGCCAUAGCCAUGUUGGAUGGGAUUUGAUCAUCAACAACGUCACGUGACUUUUUGUCUCUUUUACUUUGCGCCAGGCUUCUCUAUGCAAUUCUGAUUUUUUCUUUUCUCCUUUUUUAGCAAGUCCAUCUCAUAAAUGUUCGCCUCUCUGCUAAAGUGUCUUUCAAGCUUAUUGGUGAAUAUGGAGGGAAUGGAGAAGGUAAAGUGAUAAACCUGUACAGACAAAUGUUUUAUAGUACAUCAUCAGCAAACAGUUUGAGCCAAACCUCUGAGCCAGUCACAACUUUGAGAGAAAUUCAAGUGGAAACUGUUUUUUUUGCAGAAAUUUCAUAUUUUCCCUCCAUCAUCUCGUAUCAGUGACUCAAAAGCUGUAGCUUGGCAUAUUAAUGAAAGAUGGAGAGAUCCAUGCUGGCUGUUGUAAUGUAAAGAGAGCCACUUUACUAAAACUAAGACUAAUCGCCUCAGACAAAGUUGGAAAUGUUUCACUCCUCAGACAAAUUCCAUGUUCAGUUGAUCGUGUGGAGUCAGUGCUCGCAGUCCUGGAAGACCCCGGUGAAUUUAAAAGUAUUCAAAUUGUUUUAUUUUGACAAACAUGGUUACCAUGGUACCAGUCUGAAUCAACUGUUGAUUUCAAUGAAAAUAUCAUUUAAGAGAAAGUUUCUUCCCAUCACAAUGUUGAAGUCAGUCCCAGUCCAACUUGGUUUUGAAGCAAAACCAAAGAUAUGAUUUUUGUAUUCGUCAUGUUUGUCGUAGUUCUCAUUGCCUUUCGCUGCUGUUGUGAGCUAAGUGUAAGGAUGUGAUAUUAUAUU